AUGGCCGACUGCGACGUGUACGAGCGCUCGAACGAUGCAAUACGCUGCGCUUUGAAGAAGGUGACCGCCAUCGUGCGUGAAUCAGGACCUGACGAGUACCAGCGCAUAAUGGAACAACGAGCCUCUCCUCACCUCGAGCCCCUUCUCGAUUAUUUCAGCCAGUGUGCUGAGGUUGAGAUCACUCUAGGGGUCCACUUGCAGAAACAAGAGAACCUCGCGCGGGAUGACCCUCGCGUCUUGCGCUACUACCAUACAGGCGCAGGAUACCUACAACUACGCUUCCUGGCAACGCAGGGCAUCAGGGUUUUGCUUGCGGCUAUUACGGAGAACUAUGUGAUACUGGAAGGCAACUGCUUCUUGCCCGAUGGCUUUUAUGACGACUUCAAUAUUCCUGAGUGA